AGUGUGGUGAAUUUUUUUUCGAGAGAGUGCCACACGGUGCCACACGGUGGCUUCCAUCCGAACAUCCAAGCAUCGCAGUCAAGUUGAGUCCUUGCUGGCAGUCGGUCGUCUGGACGGGAAGAGCUCUACGUUCAACUUCUGUGUGUUAGCUCCGAGUAGAGUGUGUGCCGGCAAUGAAGUGAAUCUUCAGUCCUGGCCAUGCAGUCCCUCAAAACAUAACAUAACAAAACACCAAAUCAUCAUCACCCAAACAAUUUUUUUUAAAAACAAAGAUUGAAAAGUUGUGCCAAAGAAAACCAAAGAGUCAAGUGUCUGAAAUGUAAAUCAGCUGAAGAGUUCAACCCAAAUCAAAUCAAAAUUACAAAAAUCAUUGCCACGCGAGGAAAGUCCGUGAGAAACCUGCCCCAGAGAGAGAAAGAGGAACCGAGACCGAAACCGAACCCAAAACCAAAAAUCCAGACCAAAAUCAAAACAGAAGCCGGAAACCAUGUGGAUUAGUAGCCGCCUCUUCGUGAUUUGUUUGCUGCUCCAUCUUGAUGCAACCUGCAGUGAACCGUUUGAAACACAUCUGCGUGGUCCUGGAUUCGUGAUGGAGCCGCCGGGACGAGUGGAGUUCUCGAACUCCUCGGGCGGCUGGCUGGACUGCUCCGCCUCGGGUAGCCCGCAGCCCACCAUCGAUUGGGUGCACGCGGACGGUACUGCCGUUACCGAGAUCCACGGAGUGCGACGUGUCCUGCGGAACGGCACCCUCGUCCUGAUGCCGUUUGCGGCAGCUGCCUAUCACCAGGACAUCCACAAUACGAUCUACCGCUGCAUCGCCAGCAACUCCGUUGGGCGCAUUGUGUCCCGGGACGUGCAAGUGCGGGCUGUCGUGGCACAGGCCUACAAAGUGGAUGUGGAGGUCCUAUCCGCGUCGCGGGGCUGCACCGCCAUUUUGCGUUGUGUGGUGCCCACGUUUGUCAAGGAAUUGGUACGAGUGGUCUCGUGGGUUCAUGAACCCGCUAUCUACAUCUAUCCCUCGUUGCAAGGCGACGGAAAAUUCCAUUUGCUGCCCACUGGCGAGCUGCUCAUCCACAAUCUGCAGGAGAGCGAUGAAUCGCAGUCCUUCCGCUGCCGGAGCAUGCAUCGCCUGACCCGCCAGGUUGUCGUCAGCUCGCCCACACGACUACGUAUUAAUUCGCAUCGCGGCAUCAUUUCGCCGAGUGUGGUGGAGCACACGGCUCAUGUGCAGGUGUCGCAGGACGAGGGCGCGGUGCUGCUGUGCGUCGCUCAGGGCUGUCCUUCCCCCGAAUACAGCUGGUAUACCCACAACGGAGCCGGACCACUGCCCGUCCUGAGCGGCCCCCGGGUCCGACUGCUGGGCCCCAUCCUGGCCAUUGAGGCCGUCACGGGCGAGGACUCCGGCGUGUACAAGUGCACGGCCAGCAAUGUGGGUGGCGAGGCCAGCGCGGAGCUUCGCCUCACCGUGGCCACGCCCAUCCAAGUGGAGAUCUCGCCGAAUGUGCUCAGCGUCCACAUGGGGGGCACGGCCGAGUUCCGAUGCCUCGUGACCAGCAACGGCAGCCCCGUGGGCAUGCAGAAUAUCCUGUGGUACAAGGACGGGCGCCAGCUCCCUUCGUCGGGCCGCGUCGAGGACACACUGAUGGUGUCCCGCGUGAGCCGCGAGAAUCGGGGCAUGUACCAGUGUGUGGUGCGACGACCCGAGGGCGAUACUUUCCAGGCCACCGCCGAGCUGCAGCUGGGGGAUGCCCCGCCAGUGCUCCUGUACAGCUUCAUCGAGCAGACCCUGCAGCCGGGACCAGCUGUGAGCCUCAAGUGCUCUGCAGCCGGCAAUCCAACGCCGCAAAUUUCAUGGACACUGGACGGAUUUCCGCUGCCAUCAAACGGAAGAUUUAUGAUCGGACAAUACAUCACAGUGCAUGGCGAUGUAAUUAGUCAUGUUAACAUAAGCCACGUCAUGGUCGAGGAUGGCGGCGAGUACGCCUGCAUAGCCGAAAACCGUGCGGGUCGAGUGCAGCAUGCGGCCCGCCUGAAUAUAUAUGGUCUACCGUACAUUCGUCUGAUUCCAAAGGUGACCGCCGUCUCGGGCGAAACAUUGAAUCUGAAGUGCCCCGUGGCCGGGUAUCCCAUCGAGGAGAUCCACUGGGAGCGCGGCGGCCGGGAGCUGCCCGACGACAUACGACAGCGUGUGCAGCCGGACGGCUCGCUGACCAUCAGUCCCGUGCAGAAGAACUCCGAUUCCGGCGUGUACACGUGCUGGGCCCGGAACAAGCAGGGCCACAGUGCCCGGCGCAGCGGCGAGGUGACGGUCAUAGUGCCGCCGAGCAUAGAACCCUUCGCCUUCCAGGAGGGCCUGGCCGAGGGCAUGCGCACUCGCACCGUCUGCGGUGUGUCGCGGGGCGACGCGCCCCUGAAGCUCAUCUGGCUGAAGGACGGCGAGCCGCUGCCCGAUCUGCUGGGGGCCAAUGUGACCAUGCUAGAUCAGUACAGCUCGCUUCUGAGCAUUCCGUCGCUGUCGGCCACGCACUCCGGGGAGUACACGUGCGUGGCCAAGAAUCCGGCGGCCGAGAUCAAGUACACAGCUCUGUUGCAGGUCAAAGUGCCACCGCGCUGGAUUGUCGAGCCAGCGGACGCGAAUGUCGAGCGUAAUCGGCACAUUAUGCUGCACUGCCAGGCCCAGGGCGUUCCCACGCCCAGCAUUGUCUGGAAGAAGGCCACAGGCAGCAAAUCUGGAGAGUACGAGGAAGUUCGGGAACGUCCCUUCACCAAGCUCCUGGCCAACGGGUCGCUGCUGCUGCAGCACGUGAAGGAGGAUCGGGAGGGAUUCUAUCUGUGCCAAGCCAACAAUGGCAUCGGCACUGGCAUCGGAAAGGUCAUACAACUGAAAGUGAACUCCUCGCCGUACUUCUCCUCCACGUCCCGCUCGGUCACCGUGAAGAAGGGCGACACGGCGCUGCUGCAGUGCGCCGUGAGCGGCGACAAGCCGAUUAACAUCGUGUGGAUGCGCUCUGGCAAGAACACCCUUAACCCGUCGACCAACUACAAGAUAUCCGUCAAGCAGGAGGCCACUCCGGACGGAGUCUCUGCGGAGCUCCAAAUACGCACCGUGGACGCCACCGACAGUGGGCCGUAUUUCUGCAGGGCCAGCAAUCUCUACGGCAACGAUCAGCAGCUGGUGCAAUUGCAGGUCCAAGAGCCGCCACAGCCACCCAGCGUUCUGGAAGCGGCCAUGAUUAGCAGUCGAUCGGUGAACCUCAAGUGGCAGCCCAAAUCCCUGGGAACAGGGGAUGUGUCCAAGUACCUGGUGGAGUACCGGGAGGCCGAUCCAUUGUUCGUGGAACAGUGGCAGCAGCUGGAGGUCAAGGAUCCGCCCUCGUUUAACGCUUUGAUAGAGAACCUCAAGCCGGCUACGAAGUACGCCUUCAGGGUUAUAGCCGAGGGCAAUGCGGGACGCAGUGCACCCAGCCAGGAGCUGAUUGUCCGCACCGAGCCGCAGCGCCCAGCGGGCCCGCCUCUUAAUCUCUCCGCCAGACCUCUGUCCUCCACCGAGCUCCUGAUCAGCUGGGUGGCUCCGCUGCCAGAGCUCCGACACGGCGACAUCCAGGGCUACAAUGUGGGCUACAAGCUGGCCAGCUCCGGGAACACGGCCUACAACUUCACCUCCGUUUCGGGCGACGGCGAUGGUGGCAGCGGGGAGCUCCUACUGAGCGGACUGGCGAAGUUUGCCCGCUACAACGUCGUGGUGCAGGCCUUCAAUCAGGUGGGACCUGGACCCCUCUCCGAGCCAAGCGCUGCGCAGACUAUGGAAGAUGUACCCAGUCGUCCCCCGGAGGAUGUGCGCUGUGCCGCCCUGUCCUCGCAGUCGCUGCAGGUCUCCUGGCAGCCGCCUCCGAUAUACCACACGAACGGACUACUGCAGGGCUACAAGCUGGUCUUCGAGCCCAUCAUGGACGACAUUCUGCCCAGCAAGGACGAGGUGGAGUCCCGCAAGACAACGGCCCUGACAAUGGUGCUGACGGGUCUGCGAAAGUACACGAACUACAGCAUCCAGGUGCUGGCCCACACACGCAUGGGAGACGGAUCCGUGUCCAAGGCCCUGUUCUGUCACAGCGAGGAGGAUGUACCCGAGGCGCCGGCAGACAUCAAGGUGGUGGUGAGCUCCACGCAGUCGCUCUACAUCUCCUGGCUGCCGCCCACCGAACCCAAUGGAGUCAUCACCAAGUACAGUCUGUACACGCGUGUGGUCAAUGGCCGGGAGGAGCUGAACAACGAGAAGCGGAGCCUGCCGUCGCAGCAGCACUUCUACGAGUCGAAGGGCCUGCAUCCCCACAUGGAGUACCAGUUCUGGGUGACGGCCAGCACCCGCGUGGGAGAGGGUAAGAGCUCCAGGGUAGUCUCGCAGAUAACCACCAACCGUGUGCCGGCCAGGAUUAUCUCCUUCGGGGGCCCAGCAGUACGGCCCUGGCGCGCCACAGUCACGCUGCCCUGCACGGCGGUCGGCAAGCCCAAGCGUGAGUGGUUCAAGUCGGACGUGGCCCUCCGCCAAGGCGGCCUGCACAACUCGCAGCUGCUGGACUCGGGCGAUCUGAUCAUCAACAACCUCCAGCUGGCCGAUGGGGGCAACUACAGCUGUCAGGUGGAUAAUGGCAUUGGCACGGACCGCCUCACCCACACGCUGGUGGUGCAGGUGCCGCCCUCCGCUCCGGUCCUCUAUGUGACCAGCGCCACCUCCAGCAGCAUCCUGAUGCACUGGAAGUGCGGCUUCACCGGCAACGCCCCCAUCACUGGAUACACCCUGUUCUACCGCCGCGGCUCGGGUAACACGGACGAGAUGCAGCUCUCGCGGCACGCCUCCAGCCACGAACUGAAGGGAUUGGUCUGCGGCAGCACCUACCAAAUUCACCUGAGCGCCCAGAACAAAGUAGGCACCUCUCCCACCAGCAUCAUGCUGCACGUGCGCACCCAGGGCCAGGCCCCGGGCAUGCCCGCCUCCACGAGUCUGCUGGCCCCCAACUCCACGUCGGUGCUCAUCCGCCUCCACACCUGGCCGGACAAUGGCUGCCCCCUGAUGUACUUUGUGCUGCAGUACCGCGCCAUGACUGACGAUCCCGAAACGGAGUGGGUGCUAGUGUCCAAUGCCCUGAAACCGCAGCGACGCGUUGUGGUGCCCAAUCUGCAGCCGUCGACGCUCUAUCAGAUGCGCAUGGAGGCUCACAAUGUGGCCGGGGCAUCGCAGGCGGAGUUCUCGUUCGUGACCCUGACCAAGGACGGCGACCCACCGCCGCCGGAGAUCGUGCAGCGCGGCCAGCGAGGUCCGACCGUCUUCUAUGGAAACAUCAACCUGCUGAUACCCAGCAUAGCGGCGCUCUCGGGCAUGAUCUGCACCAUCGCCAUGGUCAUCAUUUGCUACAGGCACAAGCAAAGCAACCAAAUACAAAAGGAGUCGCUGGAGAAUCGUGCCAAUUCGGAGGCAGCGCAGCGUGAGCGCUACUACGCCACCAUCCACAAGGUGUCCAUGCAGAACAAUGACAAGAUUCCAGAAACCUCCGAGGACAUCUCGCCGUAUGCCACAUUCCAGCUGUCGGAGGCGGGCAAUAUGUCCCAGCCGCACCACAGCGGGCCGGCCAACACGCUGCUGCACUCGUUCAUGUACCACGAGAGGGCCUUGGCCGAGGGCUGUUCAUCGCCACCACCAGCUGCGUCGAAGAACCGAAGACGCCACUCGCGCAAGACAGAGCCGGAGAGCGAGGAGUCGGAGUCGGACCAGGACCAGCUGACCUCCAGUCGCACCGAGUCCUCCAACCAGCACGAGGGCAAGAUCAAGCACAGCAUCAUCUACCAUGGAGCACAAUCAAGCACAUCCUCCGACCUGUCGCCAAUGUCCGAGCAAAAGUCACUGCCACGACGCGGUCGCUCCAGGGCUGGCAUCCUGCGAACGCUGCAUCCGCUCCAGCUGCAGGCCGAGUGCACUCCCGGUGCCUUCCACCACGCCGAGGAGGGGCUGGGCGAGCGCAUCGAGCUGGCAGAGGUGGAGUGCGAUGUGGACACGAUCAAGAAGCUAAAGCUCGGCCAGCGAUCCUCGCUCUGGUCGCGCCCCUCCUCCACCACAUCCCAGUUGCAGCAGGAGCACCAACAGCAGCAGCAGCAGCAGCAGCAGCACCAGCAGCAGCAGCAGCAACGCCAACAGCAGCAGCCACCACACAAGAGGGCGCAUUCCAAGUCGCCGCAACCGCAGCAACAGCAGCCAUUGCAACAACCACGCCCACAACAACAUUCACCCGCUCCAGGCCAGAAAUUGCUUAGCGAGAAAUCGGAUUACUCGAUAUCCGUCUGAGACAUUGGUAAGAUCUGAUCCCAGGAUCAGCACAUAGGAUGAGGCCCCGCCCCGAGGCAAUAGCAGGAAAAAGUAGGGAAUUGAGCUAUUCCGCAGCCGGGCCGUUUUUUUGUACAUUUUAUAAUGCAUUUUUUAUCUUGCCCAGAAACCCUGAACACCCUGAACACCCUUAACUCCCUGAACCCUGAGCCUCCUCUCACCCGGUUGACCCCGUAACCAGUUUGCCAAUCCAAAACCUCACGAAACCUCCCUCCCCCCCAGUCACACAAUGACACAGUGAAAACUUUCGGACAAUCAAUAUCAAAAUUCUGCACAACCAUCCAAAACGAGAAUACUCAAAAAAAACACAUCCCAUUGCAAUCUCUCUCCUACCCCGUAUAUAGAGGUCAUAAUCGUACUCGUAAUCGUACUCGUACCCACAUACUAUAUCUAAGUAUUAACGAUUGUGCAUGCCCGUACGUAUGUACAUACAUACUCGUACUCGUACUCAUAUAUACAUAUAUAUAUAUGUAUGUAUAUGGCAUGUGUCCAGAACCCAGGUCAGUUGUCGAACUUCCACAAAUGUUGUAUGUACAUACAUAUACUAACGUAGUCUUUUAAGCAUACCUAUUAACAUCUAAUAACAACUAAUGCGUGUAUCACUCGAAACUGUAACUCAAACUACUAACUGCAAAAAACAAAACAAAAAAAAACAACUCAACUAUCGAAUACUAGCUUGGUAUUGUAGAGGUAUCAAAUUGUACUCGUACCGUACCCGAACUGUCUUUCAUCGUGUGUACUCGUACUCGUACUGAAUAAUUUUUUUUAUAGGCUGCUACUCCUAAGUAGUGCUGUGGGUUUGAGUUUUUAGCGCUAGCAUCGGGCGAAAGCGAGGAAUCUAAGACAUAACUCAGAUCUAUGCUGUGUACAAAUUUAUAUGUAUUGGAUAUUUACGAUUUACGAUUAUAAAUGUAUGUGGGUGUGUAUGAAUGUCUAAAUAAUGCUCACACAUAUGUAUAUGUAUGUACGUAUGUAUAUGCACACCGAGAUAUACAAAAGCGAAGGAUCUACUUAUCUAGUUGUUAGCGAAUCUACAUAUUGAUAUAUUUUGUAAAUAACCAAAAGGCAACCACGUAAAUGGACUGACAAUGAUGCAUGCAUGACAUGACUCCAAGGAAACCAACAGAAAUCACAAUGAACAUGUUAACUAAAUGUAGCUCGAAGUACAUAUGUGCAUACGUAUGUACAUAUGGUAUAUAGUAGGUAACAUAUGUACAAUGUCGAGUGUGUCGCCAGCUGAAGCAGUAUUCAUAUAUAAUAUGACACGAUUAGUGUUUCCAUUACAGUAACUGUCGUUCGUCUAGUUGUAGAUAAUUUUUUUUAAAAAGAAUGAAAAGAAUGUGAAGCGAAAGUAGAAUCAAAUACCAAAUCGUAAUCAAACUUUGAAAUAUUACAAAACACUCAAUCAAGAGGCAGCAGCAGUACAGAACGCCAAGUUAAGAGCAGACAAGCAAACUACAAAUUAAUAUAACUCUUAGUUUGUAUCGAAUAAUCCACAUAAUACGAGUACAUAGCUGUAUUUUAACUAGUCUACGAAUACAUAAGAAAUCCAUAUACCAAAUACCACAUACCACAACCGCAGCCAGAAUUAAAUAAGGAACAGAUCAGACCCCUUUCGGAACCAUGUGCCAAAAUUUGUUUUUAGACAAAGCUCUCUUAAAUUAUACAAUACCAGUACAAUAAAUAAGUAAGCCACUAAAUCCACAA